CCCACGUGAGUUUCCCGCGCGCGGGCGGGCGGCGCGGCGCAGUGACGUCAGCGAGCAGCGCCGCAAUGGCGGCGCCGAAGGUGAAGCAGGACAUGGCCCCGCCGGGCGGGUACGGCCCCAUCGACUACAGGCGGCACCUCCCGCGCCGCGGCCUCUCAGGGUACAGCCUGCUGGCGCUCGGCGUCGGGAGCCUCCUGCUCGGCUACUACAGCCUGGUCAAGUGGAACCGCGAGCGCAGGCGGUUGCUGAUCGAGGAGCUGGAGGCUCGCAUCGCGCUGAUGCCGCUGCUGCAGGCGGAGUCAGACCGCAGGACGCUCCGGAUGCUGCGGGAGAACCUGGACGAGGAGGCCAAGAUCAUGCGGGACGUUCCGGGCUGGAAGGUGGGCGAGUCCCGCUUCCACACGGAGCGCUGGGUGCCCCCCACGCUGGAGGAGCUCUACUUCCUGCGGCCGCCGGCCGAGCUGGACCGCGAGAAGUUCGGGCUGCAGAGCUACGUCUGAGACCCCAAACCCCACCCCAAACCCCGCCCAGACCCCAAACCCGGCUCCUUCUGGAGCUUCCCCCCCUUCCCUGUCCCUCUCCAGGCUGAUUCCCCCAUCCCGAGCUUGUUCCCACUCAUGCUCAUUAGUAAUUAAUAAAUAAACAAUGAAUAAAU